AUGGGAUGUGUGACUAGCAGAAGAUCCCCUGGCUCAGUUGUUUCAGGCAGCAUCCAUUUGACUCACAAACCAAAUCCAGACGAAGACAGCGAAAUCGAAGAAAUUGCUGAGCUUCCCAUCCGUGCCCAAGAUGAAGAUUUUGACCUUGUCUCAGCUGUUGAGCUUUCUGUAUCCUGCAAUAACCUUUUUGCUGGUAAAGGCGUAACCGUAGACCCUACUGCUGUAUUUUAUAUAGAUGAUGGUAUCGGAAACUGAGUAGAAAAAGGUCGCACAGAAAUUCAAAGAAAUAAUCUAAAUCCUUCUUUUAUCAAAUCUUUCAAAAUUUCUUACUCAUUUGAAAAGCAGCUGCGAUUUCGCUUUGAUAUUUACAAUAUCAAUUAUUCGCAAGAUUCCAAAAGCCUCAAGUGGCAAACACAGAUAGGCUCAGCCAAGUUUAUACUGAGUUUAUUUGUAAUAGUGAUUAGAAUCCUUUUAUUAUAAAUAAUUCAAAUUUAGCUUUAUUCAGCAUAAUAUUCAUGAACUUGUGUGCUCUCCUUCGCAUUCUAUUACAAGAGAUCUUAUCAACUCUAACGUAAGGACAGAAAACGGUGGAACCAUUUCAGUUUCCAGUGAAGAAAUGAGUAGACUGAAACAUCGCAUCAAAAUGCAGUGGGAAUUUAUCAAUCAAAAAAUCAAAGGACAUUUGAUCUUAAAGUUAUCAAGAAUUACUGAAAAUAACGAAGUUUGUAUACCCAAAGCACGAUAUUGGAUUUUUCUGGUUAUCAAAUUACCACAAGUCCUCAGAGUUGCUAUAUGUUUGGCAGAUUUUGUAUGACUCGAUAAGCCAAAGUCAUGUCUGGAGUAUAUAUAUCAAACUGAAGGUCUUGCGAAAAUCCCGAGGGUCUGAGAGCAGUUUGAAUUGACUAUAAAUCGUCUAUGUAAAGGAGAUGAAAGAAAGCCUGUCACUGUAGGAGUUUAUAAAAUUGAUAAAAUGCUUGUGCACAAAUUUCUUGGAAAAAGCGAAUUUACCCUAGAAGAGCUGAAAACUAAUGGAAACUUUGAAACCACUAUUAGAAAUAACGGAAAGCCUAUAGGAAUUCUUAAAUUAUACUGCUUUAGUCAAAUUUAAAGCCAUUUCAAUUAAAAACGUUUUUUUUAAUAAAAAUCAAUUAAAUAUAGCAUAAAUCGAUUCAUUUACCAAGAAGUUUGCACAUUUUUAGACUAUGUCUUUGGCGGCUGUGAAAUUUCUCUCAUCAUAGGAAUUGACUUUACAAAAUCCAAUGGCGUCCCAACCUCACCAAACUCCCUCCAUUACUUUUCGACUGAAAACCCUAACGAGUACGUUCAAGCUAUCAAAGCAGUCGGCGACAUCUUACAAUACUACGACUCCGAUAAGCGUAUCCCUGCCUAUGGCUUUGGUGCUCGUCUUCCUCCAUAUUUUGACAUAGUCUCCCACUGUUUUGCCCUUAACAAAAAUAUUUUCGACCCAGAAGUCACUGGCAUUGAUGGCGUCUUAAACGUCUACAAGUCUACCAUAAAUUCCAUCAUUUUCCACGGCCCUACCAUUUUUCAUGAACUUAUCAAAACAGCUUCAGAUUACGCUUCAAGUGUCCAAGUUUCCCAAGAAGCCCAACAAUAUUUUAUCCUUUUAAUACUGACUGAUGGGAUUAUUAAUGACGUUGAAAGCACAGUAGACGAAAUUGUGUCAGGGAGUUUUUUGCCUUUUAGCAUCAUUAUUGUGGGGAUUGGCCACGAGGACUUUACAGUCAUGGAAUUUUUGGAUGCUGACUCAAAUCCGCUGUUUUCUAAAAAACAGAAUCGCGGGAUGGAAAGGGAUAUAGUUCAGUUCGUCCCUUUUAGCCAGUUUAAAGGAAUGCCACAUGAGCUUGCUAAAGAGGUGCUGUUUGAAAUUCCUAAACAGAUGAUCGGGUAUAUGAAAAAUAAAGGCAUCAAGCCAAAUCCUCCUUCAAAAACUGAGGUUCUAGACACCAUUGGAAGUGCAAGAGGUCAAAACCAAAUAAAUUCUCAAAGAAUGAUGCUGCCGUCUCCUAAAAAUCCGCACCCUAGCAGCAUGCUAUUGAAAAAUAUGAGGAAUCAGUUUAUUGAAGACGUAGUCAGGCUGGGAUUUGACGAAGACACAGUAAUUGAUGUAGUAGACGAAGGGAUCCCAUGCCUUAAUGUAAAUAUGGCAAUUGAGCUGAUAAAUGAAAAACAGUCAACAAUUGGGCCGAUUAAAAGUGUGCUGAAAUCAAUGAUAGUAAAACAGCCAGAAAUGUCAAGGCAGCAGUCAGACGAAAAGACAUGGGAAAGAGAAACGAGGAGAACUGAAGAAAGAGAUUAUUUGUAA